AUGUUUGGCUCCAAACACUUUGGCGGUGGCAGCCCCGAGGCCCCCCUGCUGAGCAAGUCGGAGUUUGUGGAGAAGGUUCGCCAGAGCAACCAGGCCUGCCGCGAGGGGGACUUCCACAAGGCCGUGGCCCUUUACAGCGAGGCUCUGGCAGUGGAUCCGCAGAACUGCAUCCUCUACAGCAAUCGCUCCGCAGCCUACCUGAAAACUCAGCAGUAUGACAAAGCUCUAGAUGAUGCCCUGAAGGCCCAGCUCCUGAACCCCAAAUGGCCAAAGGCCUACUUCCGACAGGGUGUUGCCCUCCAGUACCUGGGUCGCCAUGCCGACGCCCUGGCAGCGUUUGCCUCUGGCCUGGCGCAGGAUCCCAAGAGCCUCCAGCUCCUCGUGGGAAUGGUGGAAGCCGCCAUGAAGUCUCCCAUGCGAGAGUCCCUCGAGCCAACAUACCAGCAGCUGCAGAAGAUGAAACUGGACAAGAGCCCCUUUGUGGUGGUGUCUGUGGUCGGCCAGGAGCUGCUGACGGCCGGCCAUCAUGGUGCCUCUGUGGUCGUCCUGGAGGCGGCUUUGAAGAUUGGCACCUGCAGUCUGAAGCUGCGGGGCUCCGUCUUCUCUGCGCUGAGCAGCGCCUACUGGUCCCUCGGCAACAGCGAGAAGAGCACAGGCUACAUGCAGCAGGACCUGGAGGUGGCCAAGACGCUAGGUGACCAGAUGGGUGAAUGCCGAGCUCGUGGGAAUCUGGGCUCCGCCUUUUUCUCCAAGGGAAACUACCGGGAAGCCUUGUCCAACCACCGACACCAGCUGAUGCUCGCCAUGAAGCUCAAAGACAGAGAGGCGGCCUCCUCCGCCCUCAGCAGCCUGGGCCACGUCUACACGGCCAUCGGGGACUACCCGAACGCUCUGGCCAGCCACAAGCAGUGCGUCCUCCUGGCCAAGCAGGGCAAGGACGAGCUCUCGGAGGCGCGGGAGCUGGGCAACAUGGGGGCUGUCUACAUCGCCAUGGGCGACUUUGAGAACGCCGUGCGGUCCCACGAGCAGCACCUGGAGAUCGCCAAGGAGCUGGGCGACCGGCGGGAGGAGGCCCGGGCCUACAGCAACCUGGGCAGUGCCUACCACUACCGGCGCCACUUCGACAAGGCCACUUCCUACCACAACCACGUCCUGGCGCUGGCCCAGGAGCUGGGGGAGAAGGCCAUCGAGAUGCGGGCCUAUGCCGGCCUGGGCCACGCCGCUCGCUGCCUGCAGGACCUCGAGAGGGCCAAGCAGUACCACGGGGAGCAGCUGCGCAUUGCGGAGAGCCUGCAGGAUCGGGCCGCCGAGGGGCGGGCCUCCUCCAACCUCGGGAUCAUCCACCAGAUGAAGGGGGAGUAUGAGAAGGCCCUGCAGCUGCACAAGGCGCACCUGUCCAUCGCCCAGGAGCUGAACGAUUAUGCUGCGCAGGGCCGGGCUUACGGCAACAUGGGCAACGCCUACAACGCCCUGGGCCUCUUUGACCAGGCGGUCAAGUUCCACCGGCAGGAGCUGCAGAUCUCCAUGGAGGUGAGCGACCGGGCCUCCCAAGCCUCCACCCAUGGCAACCUGGCUGUGGCCUACCAGGCGCUGGGGGCGCACGACCGGGCCCUGCAGCACUACCAGAACCACCUCAGCAUUGCUCGGGAGCUGCGGGACAUCCAGAGCGAGGCGCGGGCCCUGGGGAACCUGGGCAACUUCCACUGCUCCCGCGGGGAGUUUGCGCAGGCAGCCCCCUACUAUGAGCAGUACCUGCAGCUCUCCCCAGAGCUGCAGGACAUGGAGGGCGAGGGCAAAGUGUGCCACAACCUGGGCUAUGCCCACUACUGCCUGGGCCACUACGAGGAGGCGGUGAAGUAUUACGAGCAGGACCUGGCGCUGGCCACGGACUUGCGCGACAAGCUGAGUCAAGCCAAAGCCUACUGCAACCUGGGCUUAGCCUUCAAGGCCCUGGCCAACUUCAGCAAGGCCGAAGAAUGCCAGAAGUACCUCCUCUCCCUGGCCCAGUCCCUCAACAACACCCAGGCCAAGUUCCGGGCCCUGGGGAACCUGGGCGACAUCUGCGUCUGCAAGAAAGACCUCAGCGGCGCCAUCCGCUUCUACGAGCAGCAGCUGAGCCUGGCCCACCAGGCCACGGACCGGAAGCUGGAAGCCAGCGCCUACGCGGCCCUGGGCUCCGCCUACCGGCUGGUGCAGAAGUAUGACAAGGCCGUGGGCUACCACACCCAAGAGCUGGAGGUGUUCCAGGAGCUGGGCGAGGUGCCGGGGGAGUGCCGAGCCCACGGGCACUUGGCCGCGGUCUACAUGGCGCUGGGCAAGUUCACCAUGGCCUUCAAGUGCUACGAGGAGCAGCUGGAGCUGGCCCAGAAGCUGAAGGACCCCGGCAUGGAGGCCCAGGUCUACGGCAACAUGGGCAUCACCAAGAUGAACAUGAGCGCCAUGGAGGAGGCCAUCGGCUACUUCGAGCAGCAGCUGGCCAUGCUGCAGCAGCUGAGCGGGAGCGAGGCUGUGCUGGACAGAGGCCGGGCCUUUGGCCACCUGGGGGACUGCUACGAGGCACUGGGCGACUUUGAGGAAGCCGUCAAGCAUUACGAGCAGUACCUGUCCGUGGCCCAGAGCCUGAACCGCAUGCAAGACCAGGUGAAAGCUUACCGGGGCCUGGGCAACGGGCACAGGGCGAUGGGGAGCUUGCAGCAGGCGUUGGUGUGCUUUGAGAAGAGGCUGGUGGUGGCCCAUGAGCUGGGGGAGGCCUUGGACAAAGCCGAGGCCUACGGGGAGCUGGGCACUCUCCACAGCCAGCUGGGCAACUGGGAGCAGGCCGUCUCUUGCCUGGAGCGCCAGCUCAGCAUCGCCCGCGAGACGAAGGACCAGGCGCUGGAGGGCAGUGCCGCCUGCAGCUUGGGCAGCGUCUACCAGCAGAUGGGCGAGUUCGACACGGCCCUCCAGUACCACCAGCUGGAUCUCCAGAUCGCCGAGGAGACCAACAACGCAGCCUGCCAAGGCCGGGCUUACGGCAACCUGGGCCUGACCUACGAGGCCCUGGGCACCUUCGAGAGGGCCGUGGUCUACCAGGAGCAGCACCUCAGCAUCGCUGCCCAGAUGAACGACCUGGUGGCCAAGACCGCUUCCUACAGCAGCCUGGGCCGCACCCACCACGCCUUGCAGAACUACUCCCAGGCCGUUAUGUACCUGCAGGAAGGGCUGAGGCUGGCGGAGCAGCUGGGGCGCAGGGAAGACGAAGCCAGGAUCCGGCACGGCCUCGGCCUCUCGCUUUGGGCCAGCAGGAACCUGGAGGAGGCGCAGCAUCAGCUCUACCGGGCCUCGGCCCUCUUUGAGAGCAUCCGGCACGAGGUGCAGCUGAGCACAGACUACAAGCUCUCCCUCUUUGACCUGCAGACGUCUUCCUACCAGGCCCUGCAGCGGGUGCUGGUCAGUUUGGGGCACCACGACGAGGCCCUGGCGGUGGCAGAGCGAGGGCGGACAAGAGCCUUUGCUGACCUGCUGGUGGAGCGCCAGAUGGGGCCGCAGGAGUCUGACCCCUACUCCCCCGUGACUGUGGACCAAGUCCUGGAGACCGUCCACAGCCAGCGUGGCCUGGUGCUCUACUACUCCCUGGCUGCAGGGUACCUCUACAGCUGGCUGCUGGCACCUGGGGCAGGCAUCUUGAAGUUCCACGGGUGCUGCCUGAGCGAUGGCCCAGCUGAGGACGCUGCGGACUUCCCCGAGGGGGGAGCCAACCUCCAGGCCAUCACAAGCUCUGCUCUCGAGCAGCUCAGCUCCAGCGUGCGCGAGGCCCUGGGAGUUGAGUCCUACGACACCCGUCCUUGCGCCAGCAGUGAGACAGAGAGCGAAGCAGGGGACAUCAUGGACCAGCAGUUCGAGGAGAUGAACAACAAGCUGAAUUCUGGGACAGACCCCUCCGGCUUCCUGAGGAUGGUUAGCAGGAACAAUCUGUUCAACAGGAGCUGCCAGAGCAUGAGCAGCCUCUUCAGUGGCCCCGUGGCCCCUGCCGGGGAGGCCACCUCUUCCCUGCCCCGUCGGCUGAGCUCCUUGAGCAAGUCUCCGCUGCGCACCCUCUACGACCUGCUGAUUGGGCCCAUGGAGGGGGGGCUGAUGCAUUCCAGUGGGCCCGUCGGACGCCACCGGCAGCUCACCCUGGUGCUGGAAGGGGAGCUGUACCUCAUCCCCUUUGCCCUCCUCAAGGGCAGCUCGUCCAACGAGUACCUCUACGAGCGCUUCAGCCUUCUGGCUGUGCCCUCCCUCCAGGCCCUCAGCCCCACCUCCAAGAGUCAGUCGAAGAAGAACUCGGCCGUCUGCAGCGGCUCCCCCGCCACGGCCGCCGUCAUCGGCAACCCCAGGCUGCCCUCUUCGGUGAUGGACCGCUGGCUGUGGGGGCCCAUGCCCUCGGCCGAGGAGGAGGCCUAUGCCGUGGCGGAGCUUCUGGGCUGCCAGCCGCUGGUGGGCAGCCUGGCCACCAAGGAGCGGGUGAUGAGUGCCCUGGCGCAGGCGGAGUGUGUCCACUUUGCCACCCACGUCUCCUGGAAGCUGGCCGCUCUGGUCCUGACGCCCAACGCGGAGAGCCUCGCGGCCCCCAGCAAGGGCUGCUUUGGGAACUCCUCCUACACCAUCCCUGAGUCCCUGCGCAUGCAGGACGACGCCAGUGACGCAGAGAGCAUCUCGGACUGCCCGCCCCUGCAGGAGUUCCUGCUCUCCGCAGCCGACAUCCUGGACUUGCGCCUGCCUGCCAAGCUGGUGGUCUUGGGCGCCUGCCAGGAGUCCAGCAGCAAGGCCACCGCUGACGGGGUGAUCGGGCUGACACGGGCCUUCCUGGCGGCCGGGGCCCAGUGCGUCCUGCUCUCCCUGUGGCCGGUCCCCGUGGCCGCUUCCAAGGCGUUUGUGCAGGCUUUCUACUCGGCUCUGCUGAACGGGCUGAAGGCCAGCGCUGCCCUGGGCGAGGCCAUGAAGGUCGUGCAGGCAAACCAGCAGUUUUCCCACCCCUCCAACUGGGCAGGCUUCAUGCUGAUUGGGAGUGACGUGAAGCUCAACAGCCCUUCUUCUCUGAUUGGACAGGCCUUGACGGACAUCCUCCAGCACCCGGAACGAGCCCGUGAUGCCCUGCGGGUUCUGCUGCACCUGGUGGAGAAGUCCCUGCAGCGCAUCCACAGCGGGCAGCACAACUCCAUGUACACCUCCCAGCAGAGCGUGGAAAACAAGGCGGGGGGCAUCCCAGGCUGGCAGGCGCUGCUGACCGCCGUCGGCUUCCGGCUGGACCCCCCGGCCAGUGGGCUGCCCGCGGCCGUCUUCUUCCCCACAGCUGACCCGGGGGACCGGCUGCAGCGCUGCAGCACCACCCUGCAGGCCUUGCUUGGGUUGCCGAACGCCGCCUUACAAGCCCUGUGCAAACUCACCUCCGCCUCCGAGAGUGGGGAGCAGCUCAUCGGCCAGCUCCAUCAGGUGCUGGUGCAGCUGCAGGUGGGGGGGGAGAAGGAGCAGGACUUCUUGGUGGCCCCCCUCCAGGUCUCCAUUAGCGUCCAGCUGUGGCGGCUGCCGGGCUGCCACGAGUUCCUGGCCGCCUUGGGCUUCGACCUGUGCGAAGUGGGGCAGGAGGAGGUGACCCUGAAGACGGGCAAGCAGGCCAGCCGCAGGACUCUGCACUUCGCCCUCCAGACCCUGCUGGCCCUUUUCGACUCCACAGAGCUACCCAAGCGGCUGAGCUUAGACAGCUCCUCGUCCCUGGAGUCCCUGGCCUCAGCGCAGUCCGUCUCCAAUCCCGGACCUCUUGGCUAUCAGAACCCACCGUUUUCCCCCACGGGCCCAGACAGCUUGGCCUCGGACGCCAUCUCGGUGUACAGCCUGAGCUCCAUUGCCUCCUCUGUCAGCUUUGCCUCCAAGCCGGAGGGGGUGCUGGAAGGGGGAGUAGCCCGGGGGUGCCCGGAUUACGAGAGGCCAAAGAACAUCUAUCCCCAAAGGACCCUGAUGGCCCGUGGCCCGUUCUCUCCGCAAACCAGCACUGCCUUUGGCAAAGAGGGGGAUGAUUAUGAGGGGUUCUCCAUCAUCAGCAGUGACCCGCUGGGGACGUACCAGGAGGCCAGACGGCUGCGGUUUUCCCCUGACCACAAACCCUCCCAUAAGGCCGGAGGGGUCAGGAUUUCAGUCAGCUCCAAGGGGAGCGUCAGUUCCCCAAACUCCCCUGUUAAGAUGACUCUGAUUCCCAGCCCAAACUCCCCGUUCCAGAAGGUUGGGAAACUGGCCGGUUCAGACACUGGCGACUCAGACCAGUCCAGCACUGAAACGGACAGCACGGUCAAAUCCCAGGAGGAGAACAACCCAAAGCUCGACCCUCAGGAACUGGCCCAGAAGAUCCUCGAAGAGACUCAGAGCCACCUCCUGGCCGUGGAGCACCUCCAGCGGAGCAGCAGUUUGGACAAGGGGGCCUCCCCGCUUGCGGGAGCCUCUUCCUUCAGGUCCUCUGAAACCAGCGCCUUCAGUCGGCCUCUGUGGUCCAGCCUCAAGGGCCAGCCAUCCCCCCCCUCCGUGAAGCCAAAGCCCCCCACCAGGAGCUCCUCCCUGCAGAAGGUCAGCUCUGGCUACAGCAGCCCCACAACGUCCGAGGCAUCCACCAAGGAGGGCGCGGGGCAGCACAGCAACCAGCCUUCCCCCAGCUCCGACUCCCACGGGGCGCUCUUCAGACUCAAGUACCCGAGCUCCCCCUACAGCACUCACAUUUCCAAAUCCCCCAGGAACAUCUCUCCGAGCUCAGGGCACCACUCCCCCGCCGGCAGCACCCCGUCCCCUGCGCUCUCCUACUCUUCCGCCAGCUCGGCCCGCUCCAGUCCUGCGGACGCCCCUGCCGCCCUAGACAAGCUCAAGAUGGCCACCAUCGAUGAGAAGGUGCAGGCCAUCCACAACCUGAAGAUGUUCUGGCAGAACAGCCCCCAGAGCUCCACAGGCCCCGUGAAGGUCUUGCGAAGUUCCUCAGGGAGAGCAACGGCCAGGCGAGAUGUGCUCAGCUUAUUGAACUUGUCUCCACGGCACAGCAAGGACGCCGCCACUGACAAGAUGGAGCUGAAGGACUUGUCUGCUCCUGGGCCCCAGACCUCGUCGCAGAAGAACCCCCAGAAUGGACACAGGCAACCUGACCCCACACAGUCCCCACUCCCAACCAGCACGUCAGGCUCUGGGCACCCUUUGCGGCUGCCUUCAGGAAACGGUUACAAAUUCCUGUCCCCAGGACGCUUCUUUCCUUCUUCCAAAUGCUGAACUCCUCUUGAUCUCAUGACGGUUGGGGGCCUUUUUUCCUGCCCA